AUGUGGGGUUAUUUUUUUGGAGGCAACUCCCAGCAAAAGAAGGAUUUGCCCAAGAAGGCAAUCGUUGAACUUCGAGAACAUAUUUCCACAUUAAACAAGAAGAAGAACCACUUACAGCAACAGAUGGAUGACCAGGAUCAAAUAGCACGGAAAUAUGUAGCAUCGAAACAGACCAAUUUGGCAAAGAAUGCUUUGAAACGUAAAAAGGGAUACGAAACCAACUUGAUCAAAGUUGAGAACCAAAUAGAAACUUUGGAAACACAGUUGAUUUCGAUAGAAGGGGCCAAUUUGAAUUUGGAAACCAUGAAAGCAAUGAAACAAGGUGCUACAGCAAUGAAACAGAUCCACGGCGAGUACAACGUGGAUAAAGUUGAAGAGACCAUGGAUGAGAUUAGAGAACAAGUUGAGUUGGCCGAUGAAAUUUCAGAUGCCAUUUCCAGACCCGUUGGGAACGAAUACGUUGAUGAAGAUGAAUUGGAUGAAGAAUUGGCCGAGUUGGAAAGAGAGAAUAAAGAAGACGAGCAACAGCAACAGACGCAUAAAGUACCGAAAGUUAAGCAACCUGCACAGAGGGAACAACAACAGCAACAAGAGGAGACAGAACUACCCUCGUUCCCAAGUGUAUCCAAAGCACAACCAGUCUCGCAAGAUGAUGAGGAUGAAGAAGCUUUGAAAGCUUUACAAGCCGAAAUGGGAUUAUAA